AUUCACCAACAGCAUGCGCCAUCUCAGCCUAAUACACCUCCAUCAGGUGCACAACAGUUUGGUGGUCAGGAAGCACAUAAUGCUGAGCAUAUCAAAGAACAUUUGGAAGGUAAGGUUGAUCCAACUGUAAAUAUGACUCAAGAGCAACUUCAAUUUCAUUAUUUUAAAAUACAUGACCGUGAUAAUGAUGGUUGUUUGGAUGGAACUGAAUUAAUCAAAGCUAUUACACAUUUCCACCUCGAGAAUCCUGAUCCUCUUCACAAACACGAUAACCAGCCACCACCUUUGCCGAGUGAAGUGCAAUUAGAAGAAAUGAUUGAUCAAAUAUUGGGUCAUGAUGAUUACGAUGGUAAUGGUUGUAUUAGUUAUCCGGAAUUUUCGAAAGCACAAAAGGAUCGAGAGAUGCAAGCACGCCAGCAUCAAUCAUCUUCAUCACAGCCACGUUAA